GACUUUGCAGGCGACUCCCCUGCUCUCUCUCUCCGUGAGCACUGUUUCCUGGAGGCUGACAAGGCUCUGGCACGUGAGCACUGAUUAAUGGGCCCCUGAUUUAUGUUUAACCAGCAGGGUCGUAUGAAUAGAGCCGGUAGGCUGGGUCUGUCCACUGUCUGCCUGCAACCCGACUUCAGCUCACACCGGAUCUGCAGCAAGAGCUCUCUGCACACCUCUCUUACACACUUUCCAAUUCAAUCCACACUCUCUCUCUGCAUCUCUCUCUCAGUCGCUCUCUCUCUCUAUCUCUCUCUCACUCUCUCUCUCUGAAUAACCUCCCCACCUCUCAGCGUCUCUCUCUCAGACACACACUCUUACCCUCUGUCUCUCUCUCUCUGUCUCUCUCAUUCUCUCUCUGAAUAACCUCCCUACCUCUCAGCGUCUCUCCUCCAGAAAAGCGGUGUCUGCAGACGGAGAAAAAGAACCCCAGUGACUCUUCUGUUUUUGUUGCUUUUUGGGGAUCACCAGAAGUCCUUGGCUGCUUUUUCUCUUCUCUCUCUCACUCUUUCUCUCUUCUCCUUUCCUCCCUCCAUCUCUGCUCCACUGGUUGUGAAGCGUAGGAGGGGUCGGUGAGUGCGUUUUUUGGAAUCCCUCCCACAUUCUCGGAGGGCGGUCAUGGGGGAGAGCAUGGAAUUCGAUAAGCCGGAGAAGAGGUACUGUAUUCGGAGGAAGCACGCAAUCCUGAUCUGCGCUGCGGUGGUGGUCACAGCCGUCGCCGUGGGGCUCGGGGUGGGGCUCAGCCAACCCUCCUCCUCCUGUGAGGACCCCUCCAAACCCACCCCUCUCCCCCCGACCCCCAACCCGACUGAACCCACCGACCGCGGCCCCUGCCUGCCCUCCCAGGACACCAACGGUGAGUGGACCCAGUUUCGCCUGCCCACCUACAUCCGCCCGACCCACUACAACCUGCACCUGGAGCCUGACCUGGACUCAGACACCUACACUGGCACCGUCUCCAUACACCUGGAGGUCUCCAAGCCCACCCAGCACCUGUGGCUGCACAUACGGGAGACGUUCGUCCGCUCCCUGCCCAGGCUCCAGCGGAGGAAGGGCCAGACUCUGGUGGAUGUGUCUCUGAAGAGCUGCUUCGAGUACCGGCCGCAGCAGUACGUGGUGGUGCAGGCGGCCGAAGAGCUGACGGCCAACGGGCCUGACGAGGCCUACAUCCUCACGCUGGACUUCCAGGGCUGGCUCAACGGCUCCCUGGUGGGCUUCUACAGGACCACCUACAUGGAGAACGGAGUGCUGAAGAAAAUUGCUGCCACCGACCAUGAACCCACCGACGCCCGGAAAUCCUUUCCCUGUUUCGACGAACCGAACAAAAAAGCCACCUACAAAAUCUCAAUUACCCAUGACACUGCAUAUGGUGCACUGUCCAAUAUGCCAGUAGAGAUAACAGAACAACUGGCUGGCAGUAAGAACAAAACUUCUUUCAGGCUGUCGGUUCCAAUGAGCACCUAUCUGGUGUGUUUCGCUGUGCACCAGUUUAAAUAUGUGGAAAGGUUCUCAUCAAAAGGUGUUCCUUUGCGGAUCUACGCACAACCCUUACAGAUUGCCACGGCGGAAUAUGCAGCCAACGUCACCAAGAUUAUCUUUGACCACUUUGAAACCUAUUUCAACAUGAAUUACUCCCUUCCCAAGCUAGAUAAGAUCGCUAUCCCAGAUUUUGGGACCGGAGCCAUGGAAAACUGGGGUUUAAUCACCUACAGGGAAAACAACCUCUUGUAUGACAAGGAUGAGUCAUCAUCCUACAAUAAGCAACGAGUCGCCAGCGUCAUCUCACACGAGCUGGUGCAUCAGUGGUUUGGGAAUAUCGUCACCAUGGACUGGUGGGAUGACCUGUGGCUGAACGAAGGCUUUGCCAGCUUCUUUGAGUAUGUGGGUGUUGAGGAGGCAGAACCCACCUGGAACAUGCGUGAUAUCAUGAUCAUCGAUGACGUGCUGCCCGUCAUGGUGGAUGAUGCGCUUCUCUCCUCCCACCCCAUCAUCGUGGACGUGUCCACACCCGCAGAGAUCACCUCAGUGUUCGAUGCCAUCUCCUACAGCAAGGGGGCAUCAAUCCUGCGGAUGCUGGAGGACUGGAUGGGGCGGGAUAAGUUCAGGGAUGGAUGUCGGAAAUAUUUACAAGAUUUUCAGUAUAAGAAUGCCAAAACUGCAGACUUUUGGAGGUCUUUAGCAGAGGUUAGCAACCUGCCUGUGGAAGACAUGAUGGAUACCUGGACCAAGCAGAUGGGGUAUCCUGUUCUGAGUUUGUUGACUGAGGGCAGCAGCGCUACAUUAACACAGAAGAGGUUCCUGCUGGACCCCAAUGCCAACCCUGCUGAACCCCCCUCUCCAUUCGAGUACAAGUGGACCAUCCCUGUACAGUGGCAUUCUCUGGGCAGCCAGAACAAUGACACUAUCAUAUUCAACAAGAGCCAGUCAGUGCUAACGGUGGUUGGCUAUGACGGUACCACGGACGGGCUUCUGAAGGUGAACAGAGACAACAUGGGCUUCUACCGAGUCAAUCACCAUGACACCAUGUGGAAUACAAUCAGCCAACAUCUGAACACAAACCAUACGGAAUACAGUGCUGGAGAUCGAUGUGGCUACAUCGAUGACUUGUUCGCCUUGGGCCGGGCGAACAUCGUUGACUACGGAAAUGCUUUCAACUUGACCCGAUACCUGAGUAAGGAGGAGGAGUACAUUGUGUGGAGCCGGCUGUCCACCUCCAUCUCCUACGUACGGAGUAUGCUGAUGGACGACAAGGACCUCUACCCCAAAUUCCAGACAUAUUUCCGUGAGCAAGUGCAGACCAUCUCUAACAGUCUGGGAUGGCAAGACACCGGAGGCCAAAUAAGAAGGCUCCUGAGAGAGACGGUGUUGGGCAUCGCGUGUCAGAUGGGGGACAUGGGGGCUCUUGAGCAGGCCUCAACUCUGUUUGACCAGUGGAUCCUCCAGGGCACCAGAGUGGGCGUUAACCUACGGCUGCUGGUGUAUCGGUAUGGGAUGCAGAAGUCUAGCUCGGUGGACCAGUGGAAAGUCAUGUUCCAGCGCUACCUGGACACCACGCUGGCCCAGGAGAAGGACAAGAUCCUCUACGGCCUGGCCUCUGUGGAGGACGUCAAUCUGCUCAGCCAGCUGCUGGAAGCUUCCAGAAAUGAGAGUUUGGUGCGAAGCCAGGAUGUUUUCACACUGAUCCGAUAUGUGUCCCUGAACAAAUACGGCAAAACCAUGGCCUGGGAUUGGAUGACGCUGAACUGGGAAUACCUGGUCAACAGGUUCACCAUCAACGACCGCAACCUGGGCCGGCUGGUGUCCAGAAUCACCACCAACUUCAACACAGAACUGCAGCUGUGGCAGAUGCAGCACUUUUUUGAGCGGUACCCUGAAGCGGGUGCUGGAGAGACGCCGCGGAAACAGGCCCUGGAGACGGUGAAGAACAACAUCGAGUGGGUGAAAACCAACAAGGCCGAGAUCCAGACUUGGCUAAACAGCAACGUGGCUUAGCAACCGCAACCAUUCACGUCAAGUGGGCGUAAUGGAAAGCCAUUCCGUGUUGAACCGGAGCUGUACAUACAUGUGUGUGAUAUCGUAUUUAUAAUGUCAUGUUCAGGGAAUAUUUGAAACAUUCACUUCAGACACAUUUCUUCUGGUAAUUUCAGUAAUAAUGAUAAUAAGUCAUAAUAAAUGAGAUAAUGUCAUAAUUUAGAUAAGAACUUCAUUAUUUGUAUUUUUUCUUUUUGAUGUUAUAUUACUCGAGGUACGCGAAAACACAGUGUCAUUAUGCUGAGCAGAAUCCAGAGACUGCUGAGUUUGGAAGUAAAUCCUAUCCUGUGGGUAGCAGGGCCACAUACAUUUUUGCAAGGCUGGUUUGCCUCGGUGGAAAUUAUGAGUUAUUGAUCUUACACAAGCAGAAUGCAUUAAUUACGAAAGAAUAAUACAGAAUAAUACAGAAUUCCGUUAUGUGAGCAUGACCAUGAUGGUGUGAAAUGGCUCUGAGAUUCAGAUGUUGGUGGUGGACAUACUCUCUUGUGCGUACUUCGUUACCUCUCGGGGAAAGAUGAGUCUUUGUUUCUGUCUGUUUCUUUUCCAUAAAGAUUUAGUGUAUUUUUAUAAAUGAGAUUUCCAACUAAUGCAAAGCCAAUUGUAACUUGUAUACUGUAGUUUUGUAAAAUCUUGGAUGGUGAUAAAUGUGUUUUUGAUAAAAGAAAAUAAAAAUGGGAAAGUUGUUUAUAUUCUUGGCAAUUAAGUUUAACCCUCGCUCAUAGUCAUACACACACACACACACACACACACACACACACACACACCCAAACACACACUGUGGAUAGU